GAAACGCAUCCCAACAUCUCGGGUGGAUCUUCUCACUUCCGGCCUAGCAGCGGAACUCUCAAACUAACUUCCCACUUCUGGUUCAGGGACUGAUGUUUAAGAAACAAAUGAUGAACAGCAUACGGGAUAGAAUGUUUAAAUUUUGUCAAAUGAAGCAUAUUUUUGAAACACUUGAUAAAAUGAGAUGCUUGAGAAAACGUUCCACAGUAUCAUUCUUGGGAGUUCUUGUCAUUUUCCUUCUCUUUAUGAACUUGUACAUUGAAGACAGCUAUGUUCUGGAAGGAGAUAAACAACUUAUAAGGGAAACAUCCACACAUCAGCUGAAUUCAGAACGUUAUGUGCAUACUUUCAAAGAUUUAUCUAAUUUCUCAGGAGCCAUCAACGUCACCUAUCGCUACUUAGCUACCACGCCUUUACAAAGAAAGCGGUUUCUUACAAUUGGACUUUCAUCAGUGAAACGAAAAAAAGGAAACUAUUUACUCGAGACAAUCAAGUCAAUUUUUGAGCAAUCCAGCUAUGAGGAGCUGAAGGAAAUUUCAGUGGUGGUUCACCUAGCAGACUUUAAUUCAUCCUGGCGUGAUGUCAUGGUCCAGGAUAUUACACAGAAAUUCGCCCACCACAUUAUUGCAGGAAGAUUAAUAGUUAUACAUGCUCCAGAGGAAUAUUACCCAAUCCUGGAUGGCCUUAAGAGAAAUUACAAUGAUCCAGAAGACAGAGUCAGAUUUCGUUCUAAGCAAAAUGUAGACUAUGCUUUUCUGCUUAAUUUUUGUGCCAAUACUUCAGACUAUUAUGUAAUGCUUGAAGAUGAUGUUCGAUGUUCAAAAAAUUUCUUAACUGCCAUCAAGAAAGUCAUUACAUCCCUAGAAGGAACCUACUGGGUAACUCUUGAGUUCUCUAAGCUUGGCUACAUUGGAAAACUUUAUCAUUCUCAUGAUCUCCCACGUUUAGCACACUUUUUAUUAAUGUUUUAUCAAGAAAUGCCUUGUGAUUGGCUAUUGACUCAUUUUCGGGGUCUUUUAGCUCAGAAAAAUGUGAUCCGUUUUAAACCAUCUCUCUUUCAGCACAUGGGUUAUUAUUCAUCAUAUAAAGGGACUGAGAAUAAGCUGAAGGAUGAUGAUUUUGAAGAAGAGUCAUUUGACAUCCCUGAUAACCCUCCUGCCAAUCUAUAUACCAACAUGAAUGUUUUCGAAAAUUAUGAAGCAAGCAAGGCUUAUAGUAGUGUUGAUGAGUACUUUUGGGGGAAACCACCUUCAGCAGGAGAUUUCUUUGUGAUUAUAUUUGAAAAUCCGAUUUUAAUUAAAAAAAUUAAAGUGAGUACUGGAACAGAAGAUCGGCAAAAUGACAUUUUACAUCAUGGAGCCCUAGAUGUUGGGGAAAAUGUUGUAGAUUUCAAACAAAGUAGACAAUGUGUUACUUACUUAAGACUAGGGGAAUUCAAAAACGGAAACUUUGAAAUGUCGGAGGUGAAUCAAAAAAUUCCAUUUGACAUAAAUUGUAUAAGGAUAUAUGUUACCAAAACACAAAAGGAAUGGCUGAUUAUUCGGAGUAUUAGCAUUUGGACUUUUUAA